AUGAAUCGUUUUCUGUGCCUGAUGGCUGCAGGUCUUUACCUGUGCUUGCAAUGCCAGGUGAAUGCUGAAUCGCAUUUGAGCAGGAGCGUCAUUGAAAAGGCUGUGUUGGCGGCCAAGACCAAUGUGGACUCAGCUUACGAAUACUCCAGAAGAGUGAGCGUUGAACGUGUGAGGCGGAACGCAGUGUCUCCUUCGGACAUCCUGCGGUUGUUGAAACAGCCUGCUGGCCCAACCCGUAAUGCUGUGCGUGCUGCUGACUAUAUGGAUAAUGCCGUAAAACUCAUCAAGAGGUCUUUGGAAAGACGUCAAAAACGCUCCAUCAAUGCCACAGAACUGAUCUCUGAGGAGGAUCUGCAGGUCAUUGCUGACCUGACAGGCUGCUCGCCCCGACAUCGUCCCCCUUCUUGCAGGAUGGGUCCGGAAAUGCAGUUUCGCACUGCAACCAGCGCCUGCAACAACGAAAAAAACCCCAUCUUAGGCUCCUCCAACAUACCUUUCACCCGCUGGCUCCCUGCUGAGUAUGAGGAUAAUGUCUCUCUGCCUAAAGGCUGGAAUAAUAAGAAAGUCAACAAUCACCUUCUUCCCUGGGUAAGGGCCGUGUCCAACGAAAUUAUGCGACUAAAAAACGGCUCUGUUAAUGACAACUUGUACACUCACAUGGUGACAAUCUUCGGCCAGUGGACUGACCAUGACCUGACCUUUACUCCUCACUCUCCAGUCAUCCGCUCAUUCAGUGAUGGCAUUGACUGUGACAAGAGCUGUGAGCGCACAGAGCCCUGCUUCCCCAUUGAGAUUCCCAAAAAUGACCCCCGCUCUGGCAAAAAGUCAGAAGAGUGCAUGCCCUUCUUCCGCUCGGCAGCAGCUUGUGGUUCUGGCAACGUAGGCUAUGUCUUUGGAGCCAGCUCCAUCCGUCAGCAGAUGAACUCUCUCACAGCUUACCUUGAUGCAGGUCAGGUGUAUGGUUCAGAUGAUAACAAAGCUCGCUUCCUACGGGAGUUCACAGAUAAAGGCCUGAUGAGGACCAACACAAUGUACUCUGACAAUGGCCGUGAGCUCCUGCCCUUCAGCAACAUGAAUACAAACAUGUGUGCCACCCGAGCUCGCAUUACUAAUGACGUAAAUGCGGAGGAGGUGCCCUGCUUUGUGGCUGGUGACGAGCGUGUGAAUGAGCACAUUGGUCUGAGCUCUUUACACACGCUGUUUGUGCGUGAGCACAACCGCCUGGCACGUGCUCUGGCCAAACUCAACCCUCACUGGGAUGGAGAGAGGCUCUACCAGGAGGCUCGCAAGAUCAUGGGAGCAUAUUUCCAGGUUCUCACUUUCAGAGACUACUUACUUCACAUUGUUGGUCCAGACAUAAUUAGAAAGCAGCUGUCCACCUACCCCGGUUAUGAUGAAGAUGUUGACCCCGGCAUCUCCAAUGUGUUCGCCACAGCUGCAUACCGAUUCGCUCACUUGAUGGUUCAGCCUUUCAUGUUUCGUCUCAAUGAUAAGUACCAAGAACACCAUGAUCACCCCAGCCCAUUGCUGCACAAAGCCUUCUUCACACCGUGGAGGAUCACCUUUGAAGGUGGUGUGGACCCAAUCCUCAGGGGCCUUAUUGGUCGUAAGGCCAAGCUGAACACGCAGGAUAAGAUGAUGACUGAUGAACUGAGGGAUAAAUUGUUUAAAUUCUCCUCUGAUUUGUCACUGGAUCUAGCUUCCCUCAACUUACAGAGAGGCAGAGAUCAUGGAAUCCCUGGCUACAACAAAUGGCGUAAGCAUUGUGGUCUGUCACAGCCACGCACUCUGAAUCAGCUGGCUGUAGUGUUGAACAACACUGAUCUGGCCAAGAAACUUCUGGAUCUCUACGGAACUCCUGACAACAUCGAUGUGUGGCUGGGAGGAGUCGCUGAGCCCUUUGUCAAUGGAGCAAGAGUGGGAGCCCUGUUUGGCUGCCUGAUUGCCAAUCAGUUCCAGAAGAUCCGCCUGGGAGACCGACUUUGGUGGGAGAAUGAGGGAGUCUUCAGUGAUGAUCAGAAGGCGUCCCUGAGGGAAACGUCACUUGCCCGCAUCAUCUGUGACAACACUGGUAUAACUGAAGUACCUGAAAAACCCUUCCUGUACAGUCCCCCUGAGUUGGGUUACACCUCGUGUAAGAAAAUUAAGGAUUUUGACCUCAGUCCAUGGAAGGAGAAUGGACAAGAAUCAUUUGGAUCCCCAGGAUUGCCAGGAGCCCGAGGACCACGUGGACCUCCUGGACCUCCUGGACCUCCUGGACCUCCUGGCAAUAGCGAGAAUGUUGCUUUUACUGUGAGACUAGGUAACAACUUCCCCAAACCAGGCAUGGCCAUGGCUUUCCGUGAGGUCGUCUACAAUGGACAGAACAGCUACGACACCAAGACCGGGUAUUUUACGUGUCAGCAUCCAGGUGUUUAUGAAUUCCAGUUUUUCUGCACCAUCUACAACAACGCUGCCAGUGUGGAUCUGAUACGUAACGCAAAGUUGGUCCUGCACUCAUUCACCACCCGGCAGAGCGGUUACAUCACAGCCAGUGGCAGCACAUUCCUUAAGCUUGAUAGGGGAGACAGGGUCUAUCUUUUGGCCAACCACGGUGGCAACGGUCUGACCCGUGACAGUUUCUUCUCGGGGCAUCUGCUGUUCACUGAGUAGGAAACUGUUCUUGAUACAGUGGUUGACCCGUGACAUCCUGAAACACUUCAAAAUAAAUCUGUUUUAGUUAUUUAGUUUAAUAUGCACCUUUUAAAUGCUGCCAAUGGGUGAGAUAGUCCCGCUUUCCACUUUCCAGUGUGGUUUCCUUCAUUGUACUAGGAUUAAAGGCAGCUCAAGUGCUAUCAUGUAUUGUGAUUUUAGCUUUAAGUUAAGCAUAGCUAUGCUGAGAAUUAAAUGAAGUCACUAGUCUCCACUAAUAGGAAUCAUAAAAGUUGCCCAGUUCUAAGGCAAUUAAAUACAAAAUAACAUAUUUUUACAGUAGACGUUGCUGACAGAAAAGCACAAUGUUUAGAAAAUCUAAUCAAAUCAAAUUUAUUUAUAGAGCACAAUAUCACAAAUUACACAUUUGUCUCAGUGGGCUUUACCUGAACCUGUGAUCGUUUAAAAUUGUUCGUAUUGAAUGAAGGAAUAUUUAUAAUGCACUGAUACCUACACUACAGAAAGAAGUGAAAACUGCUUGACUGUGAUAUUAUUAUUAUAUGUGAUAUUAUUUCACAUUUUCUUUUGAAGAAAUCAUUGCAUUUUCUCUUUAAGAUGGUCUUUCCCUUUCUUCUGAAAAGUGGACAGUACAGUUCAAUGUCUGACAAAUAAAUGUAAUCCUCAAAUAUGCUACAAUUGCAAAAGACAAU